AUGUCGAACCCUCUGGCUGUGCUGGUACUGCUAGCUACUCUCUUGCUAUCUAUUGGCAUCUAUCUGUACACCUUCAGGCCUUCAACCCGCUCCUCUCUCAAUGCCUCCGCUAAGCCCGCCGCCGCCGCCGCCGACGACAUUAUACCGGUCAGCGUGAACUAUUUCUUCACGCGCCACUGUAAUGCAGAAUGCGGGUUUUGCUUCCACACCGAGACGUCCAGCUACAAGCUGCCGCUGGACAAGGCCUGCGAGGGCCUGCGUCUCCUCGCCAAAGAUGGGAUGGAGAAAGUCAACUUCGCCGGCGGCGAGCCCUUCCUGUACCCCAAGUACCUCGGCGAGCUGUGCAGGUACUGCAAAGAGGACCUGAAGUUGCCCAGCGUGAGUAUCGUCAGCAACGGGACGAAGGUGACCGAGAAGUGGCUCAGGGAGUUUGGCCCCUUUGUCGAUAUCCUGGCCAUCUCGUGUGACUCGAUCAACCCAGAGACGAAUGCUGCCAUCGGCCGCGCCGAUCGUGGCUCGGGAAAACCGUUCGAUAAUGUCGGGAAGCUUUUCGAGAUCCGGGACUGGUGUAUGCUGUAUGGGGUCCGGUUCAAGCUCAAUACUGUCGUGUGCUCGCUUAAUUGGAACGAGGACAUGUCGGAGAUGGUCGAGCAGCUCGGCCCCUUCAGAUGGAAGGUCUUCCAAGUCCUGGUGGUGAAGGGCCAGAACGACGGAGACAAACGGAAGCGAGACGCAACCAAAUUCAUCGUCACAGACGAGCAGUACCAGGAGUUCUGUCGCAAACACGAACAUCUGAAAUGCAUGAUCCCCGAGCCGAAUAGUUCCAUGAAGAGUUCUUACUUGCUCAUUGAUGAGUACAUGAGAUUCCUUGAUAAGGGGGACGGAGAGGAGAAGGUGUCUGACUCUAUUCUUGAGGUCGGAGUGCAGAAGGCUAUCAAGCAAGUUCGCUGGGACCAGGAGGAAUUCCGGAAGCGAGGGGGUGUGUAUGACUGGUCUAAGCUCACUGAAACGACGGGAGGCUGCUCUGGGGCUGCAGCAAUCAAGAAUUUGGAAUGGUAA